CCGUGGUUUGGUCUAGAAUUAUUGCACGAACGUCAUCGUCAACAGGUUUCACCUUCACGUAUAUCUGUCAGCCGCCGUUCUGCCAAGGUAUAAAGACCCAUCCUUGCCUUUACGAUCCUUACCCACAUCUUCUCCUGCUCUUUAUCUAUCAAACCACUCUAGCGCUCCAUUUAACGACUUUCACGAACCUCUUUAAAUAUACUUAUAAUGCGCUUACUAUCCCUCUAUAUCGUCUUUGUCUCGUUCUCACUCGCUCUCUUGCUUUCUGGGGGUGUCCAAGGCAUACCCGUCAGUGUCUCCAAUCCCAAUGCACCACCACGUCAUGCGGAGGUACAUAGGCGCAACGACCUCAUCUCUGCCUUGGUUGGCAUCUUAUCGUCCAUUCUUGGCUCACUCAAUCUUCCAGUGGAAGCAGUGCAGCCAGCACAAGCCGCGAUUGACCGUGUACAGAAUCUGACCGCUAACCUGCCCCUGCCAGCCUUACCAAUUCCAGCUUUGCCAAUUCCACGGGGUGCAGUAGAAGCAGUCAGUGCCGACAGUUCUCACUCUUCCUUGCCGACUGUUCAGGCAAACUCGACUGCCUCCCCUUCUCAGGCGUCAACCCCCGCCGCCUCUGCGUCGGCUGCUCAUCAGCAGGCUGAUGUGCACCCGGGUCGUGGACGCCACAUUCACCGUCGUGAUACAACCUCAGCAUCUGCACCGUCGUCUUCAGGCUCGGCGCAUGCCUCAUCGGCCAGCGCUUCCGGUUCGGUGCGUGCAUCUCCAGCCAGCGCCUCAGGCAAGCCUGCUCUUGCUGUGGUUCCUUCUCUACCAGUAUCGCUGUCCAUCCCAAAACCUUCUCUCCCAGUAUCACUACCCAUCCCGACCCCUUCUCUCCCGGUAUCGGUGCCCGUCCGGAUUCAUUCUCUCCCAGUAUCUCCACCUAUCUCCGUCCCGAUCAUCGCCGCAUCCGGCAUGCCCCCCAAGGCCUCUGGUACAACCAAAGGCAAGAGGACCCACCACAGGUAAUAGCACGCCUUCCAUGACUGCAUAGCUGGCCUCCGCUGUAGGGACUUUACCACGU